AUGUCGUUGGGUCUUUAUUUUCUUAGCUGCAAAUAUUAUUGUGAAAGUCGUCGAAUCUUGGCGCAAUAUAUAAUGUAUAUCUUCUAGAGCUUUCAUUCAAAGCUUACCAAAGCUUAAUUAACAUUGUUAGCGAGAGAUAGCGAUAAUGGCCAUUACGGGAUACGUCUUGUUUUGGAUCCUUUUAUUGUCAUUCGCUUCAUCUAUUAAAAGCGAACAUACGGAGACGAAGGAGUUAGUGUUGACAUUGAAUCACAGUAACUACGACGAAAUUAUCAACAAGCACAAUUUUAUUGUUGUCAACUUCUACACCUCAUGGUAUAUAUAUUGUGAUAGCUUUAACAUUUCUUACGAGGAAGUUGCGUCAGAGCUGAGCAGUCACGUCCCUCCGGUGGUUUUUGCCAAGAUUGAUGCAAGCGAGGAAGCAAACAGAGAAUUCGUAACCACCGAUGUUGGGAUUGCUCGUUUCCCAUCAAUCUUGAUUUUCAGAUACCGAGGAAAACUUCAUGAAUGGUACCUUGGACCUAAAAAAGCUGACGACAUUGCAUUUUUCUUAAAGAGACUAAGUAAGGAACCUCUUCCUUCAUUACAUAUAAAAUCAGCUGAUGAUGUUGCUGAGUUUGUUGGGGACAAGAAGGUUUUUGUGGUUGGGAUUUUCCCUAAAUUACCUGGCUCCGAGUUUGAUUCUUUCUUGGCCGCUGCAUAUAAAUUUCGUGCUGACUAUGAUUCCGCAACCGCGGAAGACAAAAUUAAAUUGCACUUUAACUAUACUUUCGCACAUACCUUGGAUGCCAAACUUCUUCCUAGCGGAGAGCCAACUGUGACCGGACCUUUAGUUAGGAUAUUCAAACCCUUUGAUGAAUUGGUUGUUGAUUCCAAGGAUUUCGAAUCGGAAGCUCUGGAGAAAUUUGUCAAAGAAUCUAGCUUUCCACUUGUCACCGUCUUCGACAAAGAUCCAAACAACACCCCAUAUGUUAUCAGAUUCUUUUACAGCCCUUAUACUAAGGUGAUGUUGUACAUUAAUCUCACUGGAGAAGCAGCCGAGUCUUUUAAAUGCAAGUACCGUGAAGUUGCUACAUCCAACAAGGGACAAGGUCUUCGCUUCCUUCUAGGUGGUGUCAAUGACAGUCAAGGUACAUUGAAGAAUUAUGGACACAAAGAGAGCCAUAUUCCUCUUAUCAUCAUCGAGACCGCUAGCGGCAAGAAUUACCUGAAAGCAAAUGUGGAGAUUGACCAGAUUGAAUCAUGGGUUAAGGACUUCAAAGAGGGAAAACUUGCACCCUACGUAAAAUCUCAACCUAUCCCAACCGAGAACAACGACCUAGUGAAGGUUGUUGUUUCUAAUAGUUUUGACGACAUGGUCUUCAAAUCUGUAAAGAACGUUAUGCUUAUAUUCUAUGUUCCAUGGUCUAAGUUUUACCAAAAGCUUGUUCCAAUGUUUGACGAGAUCGCUGUGUCGUACCAAAACGACCCAAGUGUAGUCAUAGCUAAGAUAGACCUUUCCACAAACGACAUCCCACGUGAUACCUUCGAUGUGAAGGGCGUUCCAACCAUUUACUUCAUAUCAGCGAGUGGAAACAUCGUGGUUUACCAUGGGGACGGGACAAAGGAAGAUUUCAUAAGCUUCAUCCACAAGAACAAGGACACAGUUGGGAAGGCUGAUAAGAAGGAAAAGACAACUAAGGAAGCCAAGGACGAGCUCUGA